UGCCCAACGUUCAUUUGUCUGCUUACAUCUCAAAACUGCCGCUCCGUUGCUUUCCUCCUCACAACCAGAGAGUGGGGGAGAGAAGAGAGGAGAUGAAACGGUGUCGUUUGUUUGGGAGGAAGUGAGGUUAAAGAUUCUGAGACACAAAAGAAGUGAAGGAGAAAAACGGUGGCUUUUUGAGACCCGCCAUCGAUGAAAGCUUCAGAAGCUUUACCAAAGUGAGAGAACGCAGAAAACGUUUUGGUUGUUGUUUUGUUUUUUGAAAAUCAGAAAUGGGUUGUUGUUACUCGAGAAUAGAGAGAGAAGAGAUGGUUUCAAGGUGUAAGGCGAGGAAGAGAUACAUGAAGCAGUUUGUGAAGGCGAGGCAAGCCCUGUCUGCAGCCCACAGUAUGUAUAUCAGAUCCCUGCGUGGCACUGGCUCUGCUCUCCUUCAGUUUGCCACCGCCGAGACCAAUCUCUACCACCACCAUCUCACACCGAUUCUACCCUCUCCACCGCCGCCCAUGAGUCCCAGCUCCGAUACGUGGACAUCAUCACAGCCUCGCCCUCUCAUCUGCCGCCUCCGCCUCCUCCUCCUCCACCACCACAGCAGCCCUCUGAAUUUUUUUUUUUAAGGGGGGCACGUGGACAAAAUGAGGGAGGGGCACGUGGACACAAUUGAGGGGGUCCUUACAACGGCUAGAAAAAUACAACGGUCGAAUUCGAAUCUCUUUUUCAAUCUCUCCCUCUCUCUCUCUGUCUCAUUCUCUCCCUCUAUCUAUCUCUCUCCCUCUCCCUCUCCCUCUCCCUCUCUGAAACCCCCUCGCAACUCUCCCUCCCUCUCUCCCUCUCUCUCUCUCUCUGAAACCCCCGAAGAUGCAAGACAUGUGGAAUGUUCCCCCUGGUUUCAGGCCCAGCACAUCUGCGCCUUCGUCUCCCGCAAAGCCUAUUCGGGUGUCAAGAACUCGAUCAGAGUCCUUUCAUGUCACCCACAAAGUCCCUGUUGGCGACACUCCUUAUGUGAGAGCCAAAAAGGUUCAGUUGGUUGACAAGGACCCGGAAAAGGCAAUCCCGCUAUUUUGGGCCGCCAUUAAUGCUGGAGAUCGAGUGGAUAGUGCGCUCAAGGACAUGGCCAUUGUGAUGAAGCAACAGAACAGGGCUGAAGAAGCCAUUGAGGCUAUUAAAUCGUUGCGAAGUCGUUGUUCAGAUCAAGCCCAAGACUCUCUUGAUAAUAUCCUUCUGGAUCUGUACAAGAGAUGCGGGAGAUUGGAUGAUCAAAUUGCACUUUUGAGGCACAAAUUGUUCUUGAUUCAACAAGGGAUGGCUUUCAAUGGGAAGCGCACCAAGACUGCCAGAUCCCAAGGGAAAAAAUUUCAGGUGUCCGUGGGACAAGAAGCGACUCGGUUACUGGGGAACUUAGGAUGGGCAUUGAUGCAGCGGAACAACUAUAUCGAAGCAGAAGAUGCCUACAGGCGGGCACUUUCAAUGACUCCAGAUAAUAACAAGAUGUGCAAUCUGGGUAUCUGCUUGAUGAAGCAAGGGAGGAUUCUGGAAGCCAAAGAAACCCUUAGAAGAGUGAAACCGGCUGUUGCAGAUGGACUGAGAGGUGUAGAUUCCCACCUCAAAGCAUUUGAGAGGGCACGGCAGAUGCUGCUUGAUCUUGAGUCUGAAAUGUUGAAUAAGGGAAGCGACCCUGUCGAACAGAGUCGGCUCUUUGAUGCCUUCCUCAGUUCUUCCUCGCUUUGGCAGCCUCAGCCUUGUAAGGACCAGCACACAACGAAUACAAUCAAAUCUCAAGAUGAUUUUGGGGAUGAGAACUUCGACACCAACAGAGUCAUGAAGGUUCUUCCUGGACAGAAGAUUGCCAAACCAACGGCUGUUCAUGCGAACUCACUCAACGUCGCGGCAUUGCCAUUCUACUCAUCAAAGAUGACCAAGGACCCAAUUGGAAAACCACUGCAGGAGUCCCUUAAGAGAACAAGAUCAGGGCUUGCUGCUAAUUCGAUAGGAGUGAAUGAAACAGGGGCGUUCAGAAAGCCCUUAAUGGAAUCCAUGGAACCAGAAAAUAAGACUAGAAGGCAAUCUCUUUCACCCGAAGAAAAUGGGGACAAGUGGGCAGACUUGCUGCCAGACAGCAAGGAGUUUGAAGCGGCUCUUAUUGCUGCAGUUUUGGGUUCAGCCACUGAAACAGGGAAGAAGACUGUGGAGACUGGAAACAGUUCUGGAAUUUUACAGAAUAAGAUUGAGAGUAGGCUUAAAGUCUUUCAAGACAUAACACUCUCAAUGAGCCCAAGAGCCUAACCUCUCAAUUAGUGUCAACUAAUUCAAUUUAGUUUUUACAAGCUAUAAUAAUAUAGGUUUUAGGUUGGAGAUGAUCUUGUUCUCCUGGGCUCCUGUUCAAGCAGAAGGGGGGGGGGGGGGGGGAGAGAGGAGUACGCAGCUAUGCAGAGAGUAUGGUAGCAGUCCCUGCUGGGGUAGUAGCAGCAGUAGUUAUAGUAGAUGCAAUUCAUUAAUUCUUGUCCACCUCUCAAAAUAAAGGGGGGCACACAUCUGUAAUAAAACAUAUGAUGAUGUUCAUUAGCUACAUUUUGACUCAAGAAAAUGAGGAUCUUGCCUUGUUCUA